CUCUGACAUAGCAAACACAGUUCAAGCCUGUGAGCAGUGCCAGAUUCUCCAGCCUAGCCAGCAGAAGGAACCUCUGCUGAAUGACGACAACCCUACUAGACCCUUUGAAUCUGUGUCGGCCGACUUUUUUGUCGUAGCAGGGAAGUCCUUCUUGGUCGUCGUCGACAGACUCUCAGGUUGGCCCGUUGUCGUCCCUUGUCAUGGUGAUACCACAUCUGCCACUACCAUCCGGAUCUUCUGCCGCUACUUCCGAGAGGUUGGUGUUCCCCUUCGCCUGCGCACCGACGGAGGACCCCAGUUUACCAGCCAAGAGUUCCGGCACUUCAUGGACCGAUGGGGAGUCCGGCAUGUAGUCACCUCCCCGCACUACCCACAGUCUAAUGGUCAUGCCGAGGCCGCAGUGAAGACCGUCAAACAUCUCAUAAUGAAGGUAGCGCCCUCCGGCAAUAUUGACUGUGAAGAGUUCGACCGAGGUUUAUUGGAACUUCGCAACACUCCCAACUUCACUGGACGCUCACCGGCCCAGAUCCUCUUCGGACGUCCACUAAGAUCUUGUGUCCCUGCCCACCCGCACUCCUUCUCCGAGGACUGGCAGGCCAAGGCUGAAGACUGCGACCGCCGUGCAGCUGCCCGUGCCAAGGAUUCUACAGCUCGGUACGACCAGCAUGCCCACCCUCUUCCUAGGCUGAAGAUUGGCCAGCACGUCAGGAUCCAGGACCCGACAUCCCACCGCUGGGACAAGGUCGGGGUCAUUAUGGGCAUCGGCAGGUUGAGGACCUAUGAAGUGCGUCUCCCUAAUGGCCGGGUGUAUUGGCGGAAUCGUCGCUUCCUCCGCCCUGUGCAGUAUCCCAGUGAAGAGUCCCUUCCCCAGCGUGAAUCCGACGGUGAUGACCCGCCUGCUGAGCCCCGUCGAUCUGCAAGACUCCAGCGCAAGCAGUCCGCUCGAGAUUGA